AAUGGGUGAAUGACUGAUUGUGUUGUAAAGCGCCUUGGGGGGUUCCAGGACUCUAGAUGACGCUAUAUCAAAUACAGGCCAUUUUGCCAUUUUCUUCCCCCUGCAAUAUCGCAUCGAUAUUCAAAAGCCGUGUAUGGAUUUUUCGCUUGGUGCAAUUCGAAUGUCGACCACUAGUUGGCAGCAGUGUGCACUAGGUUUUGUUUUCACCACUGAAAUGUGCAUCCCUCUAUUAUGGCUCAGAUACCUCUUCUUAAACAUGUUAUCAGUUCGGACUGUUUAUUGAAUUUUCCUGCAACCAAUUCAGUCUAAAAAAUCACUAAUAUCACCUGGCUGAAUGAAUAUAGAGCAGGGGUGUCAAACUAAUUUUAGCUCAGGGGCCACAUUGAGGGAAAUCUAGUCCCAAGUGGGCCGGACCGGUAAAUUAAAAAAAACUUCAGAUUGUUUUCUUUGUUUUAAUACAGUCAAUAUAAAACAAGGCUGGAGCCUGAGGACAGUGUAGUACAACACCUGAAGUGUACUUGAACAUUUGAAAAAAAUAAAAUAAAAUCUACAAAUAAAAAAAAACAUUCCUUAGUGAUUCAAAGAGUUUACAGAUCACAUGGCUAGAUCAGUUUCAUGCAGCACUUAAAGUAUAUUUGACUCAUUUUACUUUACAUCUUUUAGCUUUCACCAGAACAUCAAUAUCAGAAGUCACAUCCUGAGUGGCGGCCGACUUCAGGAUGUGUUUCAAGUUCUUGUGUGAGCCUUGAGCGCAGCUUUGUUUUAUUUAUACUCAUUACGGAGAAAACCUGCUCACAAUGAUAAGUUUAUUUUCACUCUACAUUGUAAAGUAUGAAAAUAAAGUCUACACAACCAUCUCGCGGGCCGGAUUUAACCCGCUUGCGGGCCGAAUCUGGCCCACGGGCCGCAUAUUUGACACCCCUGAUAUAGAGUCAUCUCCCCUGUAUCGUGAUACGUAUCGUAUCGCUUGAAUUUCACCAGUACACAUCCCGAUUAUCAGGCUGUCCUGACUCUACAACUCUACACCAGAUUAAAGGUGGGAAAACUGACUAAACUCUGCUAAAUACCUGGUGGCAGUGAGUGAAGAUGGUUUGUUUCUCAAUAUUACUCAAAGACUCCGAGACCAUUUAAACAUGUCGAUACUGUAACAGAUAUGUCAACUUAUUCAGCUUAGUGAUGAGCAUCCAUACUGAGCAGCAGGCUCUUUUUAACACCCACACAUACUCAUACAGUACUGUGCAAAGGUUUUGGGCAGGUGUAGCCUCCGGAAAUAGUCUGUUUUUCCAUAUACAGGUCGACCUCUUCAGUAUCGGGUCAUAUGGAGACAAGUCUUAACUGGGGCUUUAAUCGGCAAGAAAGAUACUGUGCUUGCCCAAGGUCCCUCGCAAGCUCCCUCUUAUCUAAGACUGCUUUGCUUCACAGGACAAGAUGGAUGCACUUUCAUAAUUAAAUCCUAUAAUGAACAAUAUGAGUAAAUAAUCAUAUAGUUGAAUGAACAAUAAUGGCUGAAGAAUAAUAACAAUGUUUUGAUUAAUCUGUGCUUGAAUUAUUGAGGUUGAAUAUUAUUAUGUUAUGAUGGGUAAAGUUAGAUUUAACAAGUGAAUCACUAUCUCUGACAGCUCACACACUCAAGACACGUGAUGAUGGCAAGGUUAAACUAAUAUCAUGACACAUUGCUUUCUGUUCCACAAAUCAGAACUCCUGUAUCUGUUGUCUGUAUCUGAGGUUUGUUGGUAAAACCCUUUUUACAUGUCAAAUUCUGAUUGGUUAGUAAAUUAAAAUAUGACGAUUAUUAAAACAGGACUCACUUCACCGCGAGUCAGUUCUAGAGAAAGCUUCCGACCGGCCAUCCGGGGCAAAACAUCUUUAACCCAGAGCAUCUUUUGACAAGCUGUCAAAAACCUGUUGUAUGCCACAGCUGACCGCAAACGGUUCCUUCAGAAUAAAGCUGAACCACCUUCGACUCCUUAAGAGUCCUUCCAUAGAUGCAAUGAACUACCUGUUGUGACCUGGAGACAUCCUGAGACUGGUUUAGUGGCACUGCGGUUGCUUCUACAGACUUCGGUACCUUUGGGGUCUACGGACUUCCUGGCAUUCCGGAUCUACCACGGGGGUCUUCGAGCUGGUAAGUAGACUCAACAGAUUGCGUCUGAUGUGGUUUUACAAACCAUCAACUUAUAGUUUAUAGCAGACCAAAUUCACUCCCACUCAGAACUCCGUUUCUCCAGAUACAAGAGGUUCUGAUAACAUCACAUUCACACAUCAUCACACCUCAUAUUCCAUCCACUUAGAUUCAUUCAUCACAAGUAUUUCCUAGUUGUCAUGUUUUUAAUUGUUUAGAAAAUACAUUUCUUACUUUUUAUAAACUUGACUCUCUUCUUGAAUUAAUGCAAAGUGUCUUACAAUUCCUGAAUAAACAAAUAAUUCUAAAUGUUCUGGUUUUCAUUCAAAGAUCAAUCAGACAGAAUUUCCAUAUUUAUAUAGAAAUUUAGAUCUUAUUGGUCAAAGUGUGGUGUUUAUUCUCCUAUACAGGUGUGGAAAAGAAAUGCCGCAAACAAAGAAUGCUUUCAAUAAUGGACAUUAUUUUCAUUUAUAUUCAUCAAUGAACAAAAGUCAGCAAGUGAACAUAGGAUAAAUCUAAAUCAAAUAAUUAUCUGGUGUGAAAAGUCUGUUGCAUAUUUAAGUGCUUGAAUAUAAAUGAGAUACACCAGCUGUUCCCAAGCUUUAUUUUGAAAGACCACAUCUAAUGCCUAGUAAAAGCUACACCCUUUCCCUCUUUUUUUCUUAUGGAUUCUUUGACAUUGAAACAAUCUAAAAGAAGGCGAGUUCCCCUUCAGCUGAUAUGUUCGUGGUCAUUUUAGCUGUACACAUAAAAUGGUAAAUGGCCUAUAUUUGCAGAGCACCUUUUAGGAUUCUACAACCCCCCAAGGUGUUUUACAACACAUCCAGUCAUUCACCCAUGCACACAUGUUCACACAUUGUUGGUGAUGAGGUACAAUGUAGCCACAGAUGCCCUGGGGUUCACUGGCACAGGCAAAGCUGCCAAACACUGGCGCCACCAUUCCUUCCAACCACCAUCAGCAGGCCACGCAGGCUAAGUGUCUUGCCCAAAGACACAACCACUACGAUGAACUGAGCUGGACUCGAUCCUGCAACCAUCCAGUUAUGAGAUGGGCACUUGACUCCUCAGCCUCUAUUAUCCCCUAGAGGUCUAAAUCCCUUAAUGACAGCGUAUGUUUAAUAGUAAAAUUCAUGUAGUCUCAUGGUUCAAAGAAAAGAUCAGGUCUAAUCGUUUCACCUUGAGGAUUUACUUUAGUCAUUCAAUUGCAUUUUAUACUUGAGUUUUUCCAUGCAGGCUAAACAUGAAAAUAGUUUCCUACACCUAUCUCCUGCAUUAGCUUCUGAUAAAAAAAAUAGAUGGUGACACUCUAGGACAGCGGUACCCAAUAGGCGGCCCCCCACUUUAGUGACCCCCGAACCGAGCAUGCACCAACCCGCUGGACCGGACCUCACACUUCCAGGUCGUUUUGUUGAGUGGCCCUCAGAGCAUUACAAUUGUGUAACCCUGACAAAAAAGCCUGACAGGUCUAUGUCACACUGUCACUUGACAUUCAUGGACUCACCCAUCUUGUCUCGUGAAGGGGCCUGUUGUUAGUUUGUUUUUCAUCCUUUAAGGCCUGCAGAUCACUAUGAGAGAUAUUAUUUUUAUUUCUCUCUGUUCGUAACAAAUGAAUUUCCAUACUGUGGGAUGAACAGUUUAUUCUAUUUGGUCACUGCUGUGUUCUUCUGUUUGUGCAGGGAUCAAAUGUUAAUGGGUGCUAAUGCGCCAACCUGCUGCCCUUCAUGGGCAUGUUUGUUCCAACGCAUAUUUAGUGUUGGUUGAGAUGAGAAUUUGAUGCAGAGAAGGAGCAAAAAUCAGGAGAAAAGCGUUAGUGAGUUUGCUUCUUUCUCUCUGCCUUCGAUGAGCUGCUGCCCUACGCUAGGCACUAACUGGGACGUUUCUGUUUACAUGUCCUUGCUUUGAGUCAUGGUAGUUUACCACAUGUCCACUCUUCAUAAUCCCAAAUGUCUCUCGGCAAAUGUUACUCAUGGGACAUGUGAUGGACUGGGACAACACGCAUGUCCUCAUCCACUGAAACCUGGCUUUUAAGCCUACGUUUUAUUUAUUUAUUUUUUUCCUUUUGACAUAUAAAGAUAUCACCAUAGCAACAUCACAUAAAGCCUUCAUAUCUGCUCCUCUGAUAAUAGAAAAGACAGUCUUGUAGUCUCGUAUGUGUUUACAUACCGUUUAGCCCUUAGCUGAGUUCUGGUAAUGUGAGGAAGAGUGACUGAAACACAAGGGCUGCUUCUUAUGAGUGCUGGCUGUCAACGUUGCCAUGGUUACAGCUUAGUCCUAGACCGCUGACAUGGAUAAUAACAGAAUUACCAUAAAAGUCUAAAAUCUGUUCAUAUUUAACUGAACACAAAAGAAGUUUGUUGAUACGGAAAUGGGUCUGGUUUGACUUGCUGUCUGAUCUGGAUCCAGACUCUAUUCCAGACUUUGGGAAUGGCUGAUCCAGGUAUUUCACAGCCCAUUUUUUCUACCUGCCAGCUGUGCUUAGACACACACACACACACACACAUCCCUCCACUUAAACGUCUCUGCUAUUAAUACCUCAUAAAAGCAUGUUAUCAAAGCACAUACUUUCCAUCUGCAUCGCCUCUGUCUCACACUCAGGGAGCAUGCCUGAUUCUUUCCAGUUCAUCUUUAUUGUCCUCUGCUCUUCUCUGUUUCUGCCUUUGUCUCUUUUAGUUGCUGACCUCACACUCGGGUCAGAGUUUUAGUCUUGUUUUUUGUUUUUUUCCAAUGGAAAAUUCAGAGACGCUCAGAGGCACAAAGGAUUUAUUUUUAAACGCGGCAAGGAACAGAUGAUGGAGUCAUUUGACUCUGAUGUCAUCAUUCUUCAUUAUUUCUCUCACACUUACCCUUGUUUCUAUGUGAUUCGUCAGCGUUGGUCAGUGGAAGGAAUAAAAAACGCCCCUCCCUCCCCCUGUAUGUAUAUAUAUAAAACAGGCUGUCAGUGAAUGGGCAUGAGGAAGGCUGGGAGGAAGGAAAGGGGGAGGGGGCUGGUGCCAAUGCGUCAUAGUCCUCAUUUGAAUGGCUGUAAAGCAGAAUGAGAGAGGGAAGCUUAGAGGAAGCUGAAUGACAUUUUCAGCUUUCCACACCCAAUUCUCUGGAACAUUCCUUCAGUCUGCAUUCUCACACUGAGCUGACUUUCUGAGAGUGUCUGGAGGAGGCUGACAGAUGAAGAUCGGACUGUAAGAGCUGAUUCAGACUCGGUAACCUUGACAUCGGGAUUAGGAGGCUUUCUGUUUCCAGACUUGUAUGUUUCACAUUGUGUUCCUUGUGAGGACCGAGAAGAUGUGCUCCUAGAGAACAAGAUCCAGGAAAUAAAACGGAUAUAUUUUAACUUUAGAAGCUUCAAUCCCUUUCUGCUUCUCCACCACCCUGGGGAAGGCAACGCUCCCCCGUCUUGACCUCCGUCCUCUUUACCUCUGCUGAAGAGCCUCUUAGCAUCCCGUCGGGCCUUGACCUCCGAUAUCAGGUGGAAACGUUUUUUUCUUCCUGGAUCACCGGCCAUGCAUAUUAAGACCAGCAAGUGUAACCGCUUCUGCCUGGUAGCAUCCCUGACCAGUCGGGAAGUGUUCCAUCGACACGAGGCACAGGUCAGUUUUGAGUCCUUGUUCCGUUCCUUCGACCCAGAAGUGCAGUUCCACUACUUCCGGUCCUUCCGGCGUGUCAGGAUCAGCUUCAGCGACCCACUAGCAGCAGCUGAGGCCAGACUUAGACUGAACAAGUCUGACUUCAGAGGAAAAGAGCUGAGGCUUUACUUUGCUCAGUCCGUUCACAUUGGGAGUCCUCGUCUGGAACCUCCCAAACCAGAGAAGCAGUUCCUCAUCUCCCCACCUGCCUCUCCUCCAGUCGGCUGGGAGCAGUCUCAGGAUGCUACACCGGUGAUCAACUAUGACCUUCUGUGUGCCAUCUCCAAACUAGGACCAGGGGAAACGUAUGAGCUUCACACUGCCACGCCCACUACUCCCAGCGUGGUCGUCCAUGUGUGUGAGGACGACGAGCACGAUGACGGUUCAGCGCCCAGCGACCAGGACGAGACGGCCCGCCCACCUCGGCCAAAGAUCAUGCAGACCCGACGCCCCGACUACACGCCCGGAGUGGAGCAGUGAGCAGGCUGCACUGGGACAACUGGAGAAACUGGUCAUGAACAGAAUGAGCUCACAGAUGUUCUGAGACGGGGUUUUAAAACCACCCGAGGAGGCUGGAGUGUCCUGUAGACGAGCAUUUCAUAGUAGAACACAAAUGUCGUGGGAAAUCCAUAACCACUGGAAGAAUUUAGCCAUCAGAUAACAUGUAGUGUUUAAGACAUUAAGUUGAAUCGAACGUGUAAAACUGCCUGAGCGGAUAUUUAUUCUCCACUGCUCUUUCGAAAAUAGCUCAAGUUUUUGGUGACAUUUAAAAGAAAACUGACCACGAUCAAGUGGUUUCCUUAUGAAGUCCUGAAAGGAGAACUUGCUGUGUGUUUUUGGUGUGCCACAGAUGAGUAGAAGCUGAUGAGCUCCCACUGACCUGAUGCUUUGAUCUCAUGAAUGAAAUCAUUCUGGCCCUGCUGCUCCUGACCUAUCACAACGGUCUUCAUACAUAAACAUCUCUGGCCUGAGCAGAGAGCACUCCUCUGACUGUGCUGUUUGAGGUUUGUUGUAGUUUGACUUUCUAUAAGAAAAUGUGGGGCGCAAGUCCCUCAGUUUAAGUGUGUUACAUAGUAUUGAGUCAGUAUUUAACCAUUUAAAGCCUGAGACAGGAAAUCAUCAGAAAAGGAUUUAAGGAGGCCUGAUGUUUAUUGGCUAAGGGCCCUGCUCCUGAAUAAUUUUUUUCGCCACCAAACCAGUUCCACUCAGAUUUAAAACAUGGCUCUCAACAUUUUCGUCAAUCGUUGGUCUCCUUUGAGUCCAACUCCACCUCCUGAUGGAAGUGUUUUUUUCCUCCAGCCCAACAGAGUUGGUGUUGGCAUGGCAACACCAAACCCUAGAAAGUAGGUUAACAAUAGAGAUCAGGAGCCACCUUUACAGAGCUUGUAAGUUAUUACCGAUGCAAACAGAGUAAAAAUGUAAACCAAAAUAGAACACUUACUUUUUUCUCCUACCUUUUUGGAAAAGAUCUCGCGGGCAAAACGCCACUAUUACGUUACAUGCCACUCACGCACCUGGUGGAAGAUAUCACACUUCAGUUCAUAUUCAAAUCUAGCACGUCCAGUAUAAACCAGACGGCCCCGGUUUACAACAAACCACGUGCUGCAGAAGGAAUCAUGGCUGAUAUUUGUUUGAUAUGAUGAAAGGUUUUGGUGUUUCCUGCAUAAAGCCCCAUGGGGGUAAAUUAAAUAUUUUCAUUUAAUGUUAAACUUUUAUCUGGAAUUUCACAACGAUCUCUGGCCACUGUAAUUAAAAUUGUCCUCGUCAUCUUCCUCUUUGCAUCCACCUUCAGAUCUGACCACUUAUCUUUUUUUCUUCUUGAUUUUUAUGUCCAGCACGAUCGAUUUGCGGCUCCACCACAAACCGCUCACCCCAGCAGCAACACUGUGCCACUAGGAGGCAAUAGAUUUCCAUGCCUCUGCAACACAAGCAUCUUGAUAUUGGUCUGUUUAAUUGCAUUUUCUAAACCUCUUGGUUGCCAUGGUUACCAGAAUAUUCAUUAAGGGCUGUGGUAUACUUGCUGUUUAAAGCGUCGUUUUUGCACAUUCCCCAAAAUUAAUGCGACUCUUCCGAACCCUGCAAUAUACGAGUAACCAGUAGGUGGAGUUGCCAAAUUGAGCAAGACACACUCACUAUGGUUAGAGGUCUUUCACACCAUCUUUGAUACCGCUGCUGUCUCUUUUUUUCUGUCGUGAUCUCAAAAUUAACCAGUUAGUGAGCUCUUUUGUGGACGCCAUAUUAGUUUUGGUCGUACGCACAAACCCGACUCUCUUUCCAGUCUGAGAUCUCUAGUGUAUCCCCCGGUGGAACACGACUCCGGUACUGCAUGCAGUGUAGCAGCAAGUAUGUGAAUGUGCCAACGCGAGGUCAGACAGCAAGUAUGUCACAGCCCUGGGAGGCAGAAUCAAAAACACCUGACCACACUUCUAGAAAAAGUGUGAUUUAUAAAGCAGGAAACGCACACAGCUGUGUGUAAGUGGUGUGGUUUAUGUCUGAAAACUACAUUUUUUGCUCAUCUUCAGUAAAGUUUUGGUCAGGAUUCUAUGCAAAGAUUUACAAAUGAGGCGCCAGGACCUGGUUGUCGCCAUAUUGGAUUUAAUCGAUGAAAUAUUCCUUGUUCGGGACUAAUCUAGUUUUUUCCAGCUGGCUCUUAACAUCAUCCACCAGGGGGAUGAAGGCUUGUCGGGGUUUUGAAGGAUGGACUAAUCGUGGUGAAGACGUCUUGCUUUUAGAAGAGUUAGUGGUUUAAGUUGGACCAGAUGUAUCUGAAGCACUUUCGACCAAUGACUCAGUGCGCUUGUUCUGAUGGGUUCCUGUGUAACUCCAGUGCUUGUUAGUGGUGUUCUCUCACAUUUGACCUAUACAACACAAAGCGUUCAUUUGCACAGACGUCUAAAGUGAAUGUGUGUGUGCCAGAAUGUUUCCUUUUAAAGUUUUCAAAUGUGUGUUUUUGGUUUGUUUUUUAAGACCACAAAAUAAAGCUGCUGGCUUCAAAAGGUUCUGAAAUUAGUGCUAAUAUUUAAACACAUGCAGUUCCAAAUAUUGUACCUGUGCUGGUUAGUGGAAGCAUUAUUCAAAGUCACUGUCAGUUUUGUGUUAGAGCUGCUUGAUGACGUUUUUGGUUUUCUGUCUUCAAGUUGAUGCCACAAUUAGAUGUAAGAAGAAACACUGUGAGCCACCACAUGGAACAUGUUGUAUUGUUGGAAGCUUCUCAAUUUAGCAACUGUCUUUUUUUAUUCUAGUGAGUUGAUCUGAAAAGAAAAAGGGCCCGUGGUUGGUGAAGAAUAAAUAUUUGAACAUCAAA